AUGCAGGUGAGGGGCUUAUAGCCCUCCGAGUGGGAUAUAGUGUGUGGGGCGGGGGGCUCCUACCUGUGCACGACCAGUGCGGAAUUGGCCUCAAGCUCAGGGGACCUUCUUGGGGAGGUGGGGAAGGGGAGCCAGGACGUCCUCUCUGGAGCAGGUGAGUAGAAGUGUGCAGCCCAGCGGAUCCCCCACCGCCAGAAAUCCCCCAGCAUAGAUCUUCUGGAAGCACGGCCUGGGGUAGGAUGGGCAAACAAUGGGAUUUAGGCACAGGAGGUCUGAGGCCCCAACCCGGUGGCGGUUGGGCACCCUUGUGGAUUUAGGAAGGAAGCUGUGGUCCUUAUCUAGGGUGACUACGAAACUCAGGCCAGUGGGGAACCAAGCAUGCAAGAGCCACAUUGCUGUGAGGCUGUGAGCCAGGCCCCUUGCCAGUGCUGUUGGGGCCCCAUCUGAAGGGACAUUUGGGUCUGUGCCCAAGCAAAGUGUCCUGAGCGUUGGGGAGGGGGCCAUGGGCUCUGUGCUGCAGGCAGGGAAGGGAAAUCCCAUCCUAAAUGGGUGGGUGAGUGGUACCCCAGGAUUGGUCAGGUGGCAGGCAUGGCCCAAGCGGCCAAAAAGGCUGGGACCAAGAAUGUAGGGAAAAGGAAGGAACAGGGGAGCUCCUGGGGGCAGCUGUGUUUCCUCCAAAGGGAAUCUUGAGUGGGUUUAAGUAAGGGAUCAUGGUGUCUAGUUUGCAUGUCCUGUCUGAUGGCCAGCCAGCCAUGAUGGUAAGGCUAAAUCCACCAUCCUGGGGAGAACAAAGUUGUAGCCACAGCAGGCUGGGGCCAGGACUCUUGGGUUCUGCCCCAGCCUUUAGGCUUCAGCCUCCCUCCAAUGUGGAGCAGGACACGAUGGACCUAUUUCUGUUGCCUGAAAUGCUGUCCACCUGAGUCAGGUAUAAGGGAUGGUCUCCAGGUCACCUGUGCCAUCAGGUGAGUAUGGGGACAAGGUGUAGUUUACCAGUUCCGGGACACGUGGCCCACCUAGCACUCUGUCAGCCCCUCCCUGCCCCAACCCUGUCCUCCCUCUUGGUACAGCCUAGCAUGGCUGUUGUCCAUCGGAGGAGCACCCUUGUGGUCUGAGGAGAUACCACUGUCUGGAGACUGUGCUCUUAAUCCCUAACCUGCCACUGAGCCACCUGCAACCCAGUAGGAGACGACCUUGGCUCCCAGCCUGACUCAGCUGAGCCUAGAUCCUACAUCCAGAGUUGACCCUGAGAUCCAACCUGGCCACGCUGACCCUGGAUCCUGCACACCAGCCAGAGCUGACCCUGAGCCCCAGGCUAGCUGAGCUGACCCCGGGUUCUGCAUGCCAUCCAGAGAUGACUCUCAGUCCUGGCUCCACUGAGCUGACCCUGGAUCCCGCACACCAGCCAGAGGACACCCCAGCCCCCAACCUGGCUGAACUGACCCUGGAGCCUGUGCACUGCCGACCUGAGCUCCUGGAUGCCUGUGCCGACCUCAUCAAUGAGCAGUGGCCCCGAAGCCGUGCCUCCCGCCUGCACUCCUUGGGCCAGUCCUCAGAUGCCUUCCCCCUCUGCCUGAUGCUGCUGAGCCCCCGCCCCACACCCGAGGUAGACCCCAUCGUAGUAGGUCAUGCCCGCUUGUCACGGGUGCUAGACCGGCCCCAGAGCCUCCUGGUGGAGACAGUGGUGGUGGCCCGGGCUCUGAGGGGCCGCGGCUUUGGCCGCCGUCUGAUGGAGGGCCUGGAGGCUUUUGCUCAGGCCCGGGGCUUCCGCCGGCUACACCUCACCACCCAUGACCAGCUGCAGUUCUAUGCCCACCUGGGCUACCAGCUGGGUGAGCCUGUGCAGGGCCUGGUCUUCACCAGCCAACAGCUGCCUGCCACCCUGCUCAGGGUCUUCCCCAGAGCCCCCUCUCCCCGGCCACCCUGCAAGGCUCCUAGUCUAACUGUCCAAACUGCCUCAAGAGCCCCCAAGGGGCCAUCAUUGCCACCACCCCCUCCCCUGCCUGAGCCCUUGACCACCUCACCCCCACCUCCUGCAGGCCCCCCUCCACAAAGCCUGCUGGAGACGCAGUACCAAGACCUGAGAGGAUGCCCCAUAUUCUGGAUGGAAAAGGACAUCUGAGGGCUACCCAGGGCAAGGCACUGUCCUUCAGGGUCGAUGGACUGCUUGGGACAGUACCAGCCUCAGCCCAGCCCAUUGGCCAUACCUCCAGUCCCUAGAGCCUGGGGGCAGCUUUAGCUUGGCCAUGUUUCCUGAGUACCAGUGGGGCUGGGAGACUGCUCCAUAGCUGUGGCUCAGAGCUGUCAGUGUGGCUGAAUAAAGGCUUCUGUUGGGUGUG